UCCUCUCCGACCGACCGUGGCCGCCCGGCCCGCCGCCGUCGCCGCCAUCUCGUCGGCGAUCUGCUUGACGGCGGCCGCGACCGCCCGGGUCGGCGACGGCGACGACGGCGGCGCGGUUGGGGCAGCAGGGGUCGGCGAACUUAGGGGCGACGUCGUCGGGGAGUCCGCUCGGCGGGCGUCCCCUGCUGGUGUAGCGCGGAGGCAGGCGGCGGCGGGGCUGCGUGCCGCGAGCAGCCUGCACCUGAACGGAAAGGCUGCCCCCGCCGUCCCGGACCUGGGCGUCCAGCUGGACGUGUUCGACGAGCAGCGCGAGAGCGAUGAGUCCAGCCUCCUGCACACGCCGCACGGCGUGGACCUCAACUCGCACCUCGACGUGUUCUACGCCAUCCUGAGACAGGUGGCGGAGACUCCUCAAGAAAUCCCAUUUCUGAGCAUUCUGCAACACCUGCUGAGUGUAGAUCCGAAGGAGCCUGUGAGCGACAUCAUCUGGGACACGGCAGAGACCCUCGUCCACCGAGCUACGCUCCUCGACAACAGGCAGGACGCCUCUAAACUCCUGAGGUCGCCCUCAUUGCAGUCCAAGUUGUGCUCGCACUGCAACUGCCACCCUCAUCGCCAGCCUGACAAAGAGAAGGACUCACUAUGUGGGAGUCGCAAGCAGUCCCUCAUCUCUGCCACCGGGGUGCCUCCGCCGCCGCCCCCGCCGGCACCCUCUGGUCCUGCGGGGGGCACUCCGCCGCCCCCGCCGCCCCCACCCUCAGCGCCGCCCGCACCCCCGGCCGCGCCGCCCCCAGCACCCCCUCCCCUUGUUGCACAAGAAGCAUCCCGACUCACGCCGCCCGGCUCCAGCCCUGAACCUCCAGACACGAGUAAUCUCCGCCUACUCCCUCAGCAAGAGAUUCCCACCCCGAAAGCUAAAAUGAAGACAAUUAACUGGAACAAAAUUCCAAACAAUAAGGUGGUUGGUAAACAUAAUAUCUGGUCACUGGUAGCUCGGUCACAUCAAGACUCACCUGUCGCUGAGCUAGACUGGGCAGAAAUGGAGGGGUUGUUUUGCCAGCAGGCUCCACCAGUUCCAACUGCUGCUGUUCCUCCAAGAGCAGUGCGAGAAACACCUGAUACUGAUCGCAGGCGCAAGGAGUCUUCAGAAAUUGUUUUGUUGGAUGGUAAACGUAGCUUGAAUGUCAAUAUAUUUCUCAAACAAUUUAGAAGUUCGAAUGAGGAUAUUAUUCAGCUUAUUCGAGAUGGUGCUCAUGAUGAUAUUGGUGCAGAAAAACUGAGAGGAUUAUUAAAAAUUUUACCUGAAGUUGAUGAAUUAGAAAUGCUGCGGGCCUUUGAUGGUGAUGUCAGCAAGCUUGGCAAUGCAGAGAAAUUUUUGCUUCAGCUCAUAAAAGUCCCGAAUUAUAAAUUGAGGAUUGAAAGCAUGCUAUUGAAGGAGGAAUUUGCUACCAAUAUGGGUUACCUUGAACCCAGUAUAAACUCAAUGAUUGUCGCUGGAGAAGAUUUAAUGACAAACAAGCCACUGCAAGAGGUUUUAUAUAUGGUGGUUCGUGUUGGGAACUUUUUAAAUUCUGGUGGUUAUGCUGGAAAUGCUGCUGGAGUGAAACUAAGCUCAUUGCAGAAGCUCACUGACAUACGAGCAAACAAACCAGGAAUGAAUCUCAUUCACUAUGUUGCUAUGCAAGCUGAAAAGAAGAGGAAAGAUCUUCUUCGGUUCUCAGAUGAUUUGACUGCUUUAGAAGAUGCCACAAAAACUACUGUGGAACAGAUUCAAAAUGAAAUUAAUACCCUUGAUCUAAGAAUCAAAAAGAUUAAGAAGCAAGUUGAUUUGCCAACCACUGACAAUGAUAUUAAACAACAAAUGGCUGAAUUCCUUCGGAUGGCUGAACAUGAAGUUGUAGGUUUACACAAGGACAUGGAAGAGCUUGAAAAUCUAAGAUGCAGUCUUGCUGAAUUCUUUUGUGAAGAUUCUACAUCCUUUAAAUUGGAAGAAUGUCUCAGAAUUUUCCAAGGUUUUUGUGUUAAAUUCCGCCAAGCUGUUGUUGAAAAUGAGAGACGACGAAUUCAAGAGGAACAGGCUAAUGCAAGACGUAGACAGAGGGAGGAACAAUUAGCUGCAAAGAGAAGGCACUUGAGUGGUCAACUUGGUACAGGCUCAACCGAAUCUGAGAGUCAACUUGUGGACAAUCUCCUGUAUGAUAUAAGAUCAGGUUUCCAACAGAAGAAAGGUAGUGAAAGAGAUCUGAGAGUUCGUAGCAUGGCGUCAGAGGAAGAAGCCUCGAUACAGGGGUCACCCAUGUUACAACGCAGGCGUUUGGGAUCUUUCUCUGGCCAAUCACCUGACCAACCGCCUGGAAGUGGAAAGGAUGAUACUUAUUCUCCAGAUGUAACACCCACUGGAAGUCUUCGGAGGAGGAGAAGCCGUGUACCCUCUGAAGAAGAUGAUUCAAACCUGAUGGAUUUCUUACGGGCUUCAGGACAAGCUGAUAUAUCUAAGGAAAGAAAGUCAUGGGGUAGUCUAGAUCGUUCAUGGGCUAGAAGAGCCCGCGGAGGAAGCGGACGUCGUCGACCUGAGCUUCUGAGUGCUGAUUUCAGCGGCGAUAGAGAAAGGGCUACCUCUCCAACACCACCACCUGCACCUCAACUUCCUCCACUGGAGCAAGAAGAAAAACCAAGAGCUUGGCGUCAAAAAAUUGAGGCAUGGCUGCAAGAAAAUGAAAAAGAAGAGAGAGACACUGAAGAUUUGAGACGCAGAUCUCGACGGCUUCAAAACAAUCGAAGAUCCUUAGAAGCUGACUCAGAAAGUGAUGGCCGUAGUGGUGGUUUAGACACUCUUCCUGAGGGAAAACUAGCAGACAGUCAAUCACAGCCACAGAGCAAUUCUGCUGUACCUCAGUUUGGUGUUGGUGUGCCAGACACUUCAUCCAAUCUUCAGUAUAAGCGUGUUUAUCCGGACUGGAAACCAGCCAUUGAUAAAACUGAUGUUGUGGGAACAAUGGAAGCUAUUGCGGAGGCACAACCUACUUUGAAGGAUAAGUCAUCUUGGAGAAAGUCUAAUCUAAAUGUUCCCAAUACCACUGAGGAGACUGAGUUAGAAGUCAGGCGGUUGAGACGAAUGCGUUCAAGAGGAACUAUGGAUCCUCCUCCAUCAGCUAACACUUUGCAUGCAAUCAAGGAAGAGGUGAAACGUAGAAACAUACCUAUAGUGACGGAGCCUGAACACAGUGACCACAGUGUGUCUGAUAGAGACAAACCUAAACUGAGACCAGACUCUGGAGUCGCAAGUGCACCAGGAAGUCCGCUUCUGUCCCGUUCGCAAUUUCUCAACAGAUAUCGCAACCCCUCAGAUGCUGCAGAAGAUUUCUUCAAAUCCAUAGUUGGUAGACCUGACGAAAAGGAGAGGGAUAAAGAGAGAGAGGAUGAUCAGCUUCCUCCUUUUGUUCCAAGGCGUUUGAGAAAACCUCCAUCCUGUGAUAAUGAGAUUGUAAGCGAUCGCAUAGAAAUUGACUCUGACAAUAUUGAGACUCCUCCAGCUACCCGUAAAGUCUUUCAUGGAUUACAACAGCAGACCAAAAAACAGACACCCCGUAGAAGUGCCAGCAGGGAACGAAUUUUAUCCACUGAAUCAUUCACAAAAAUUAAUUCAGAUGGUCAACUCAAGGGUCAAGAUGAAGAAGAAAUGGGAGAUGGACAAUUUGAAAGAUUUUCGUCUGCUCGUCGCACACGACGUUACAAGAAAAACCAGGAAUCUGAUAAAGAGGAUCAAUCACCAUUGCAAAAGGAAGAAAGUACUGAAGAUAAGCAAACCAAACUGGAAACAUGUUCUCAACUUAUCCCUGAAAAGCAAAUUUUACGUCCUAAUACUCAACAAGCUCAUUCAUUGCCUGUGAGUACUUCAGAAGAGCUAAGCCACCCUCUAUCAGAAGAAUCUCAAAAGAGAUUAAAGAAAUGGCAGGAUCGCCUGAAUCCUAGACCUAGUCCUGAAAAUGACCUGGACAAGGACAAACGAACUGAUGACUCGGAUGGAGUAACUCAGGAAGCUCUUGCAAACAUCUCAAAAUCUAGUAAGGAAUUACAAAAUUUAGAUGCUAUUUCAAGGACAGGAAGACCAAACACUCGUUUCCUUACUGGGGUAGACCGUAAUGAUGUGAUGCAAGCCCUUAGAAAUAGACCAACUGAAUCAAAACUCACUGCUCGAGACAGAGUACGUAGUAUGAUUGAGCCUAGUCAAGUACAUGAAGCCCUGAAGCAUUCUCGAGGUGGAGGUGAAAUAACUCCUACAGUACCAAGAGUGCCUAAGGGACCCUCAGCAUGUAGCCAGUAUCUUCUGCAUGGGUCACCUGCUUUUCACCAUGGCAACAAGACGCGGCAGAGUAAUGAACUAAUCCCUGAAAUUCGGGUCCAAGCAUCUACACCUGCUGUACAUGGAAAAUUACGAUCAGAACAUGAUUUAUUAGAUGAAGGUUUUGAAGAAACCCAGAGCCUGGUUUCUGAAACUUUGAGUCAAGGAACUUCAUCAGAUGUUGUUGAUUCUCCAGCUCGCAAGAAACCAAUUCAGUUAAACAGAGCAGACAGUAGUGGAAGUGGUGAAACUAGCAGCAGUACCCAUCCGUCUACUCAACCAACAAUUAAUGGUGUAUCGACAGCACCAGCAAAAUUGUCAGAAAAUAAUGUGGUAAGUACUGCAAGGCAUAAACUUGAGAGGAGUAAUUCUGUCAAAGCAGCUUUUGGUUCAAGAGCAGAAACGGGGCGAAGUGGUAGUUCUGCUGUGCCAAGACGCUCACCAAGUCUUCGUCAAGUUAGCACCCAGGGUAGUGCUCAACCUGUUAAAAAUAAUGUUCGCAAUUCUAGUGUUGAACGGUCUAAUUCUAAAUCUAGCUUGAGAGGUUCUCGUUCAUCUUUAAUAACUGAUGGUCAUUGUGGUCCAAACUCAAAGAGACCAGCUGUAGAAAGAUCAAACUCGAGAACAAGUCUAAGAAGCUCCCGCAGCUCCCUUGCCAGUGCCACAUCUGUAAACACUGUAAAGAAUAUCCCAUCUCCUGUUACAAAGUCUUCAAACCAAUCCAAUGUUGGAAGAAUGACUGGUUACACAUCUGCCAUAAAAUCUCUUACUUCCAAUCUGAACAGAACAAAUCCAGAUUGCAACAACUCUGUAGGAAAAGAUCUUAAUAAGCUUGGUCUCAAUCGUUCAAUUACCCCUAAAAGACCACUUGCCACUGUUCAACCAAAAGCCCCCAAAACCUCUGUUCCAGCUAGUAGAAGUAGUAGCAGUGGAAGUAGUAUUGGGCCAACUAUUCAGCGGCCUAAGAUAACCAGUGGCCUUGGAACAAGUUUUAAGGAAAAUUCACAUACAGGUGCUCUUGCAAGCCGUAGUAGUAGCAGCGGAAGUAGUGUAGGAACCUCUCCUAAAAAAGUGUCAACUUUAAAUAAAAUUACUUUAAAACCUGUGUCCAGUAGUGGCUUGCGGUUCAUGAGACCCACUGCUGCUAGUGUUGCUAAAGAUAUUCCAGGAACUGUUAGCAAAAGUCGACCAGGCAUUAGAUCAGUUUUUAAGUAGGUCUUUUUUUUCUUUGUUUAGUCAUGAAUGUGUUUUAUCUAUGUGUUUUAUAAAAAUGAAACAAUAGCAUAGAUAUUAAAAGUUGCAGGGGAAAUUAAAAUCUUAUACAUUAGAGAGACAAGCAUUGGAAUAAACUUAAAAUUUGCAUAUUUUUAUGAAACUAGUCGCAGGAACUCAUUUUUAUUUUAUUUUUAUAUAAAUGCAAAACAAAUUGAUAUUUUGUAUACUUUUCCAUGUUUUAGUAAAUUUACUUUGUCCUGUGAUUGACGAAGCAUUUCAGAAGUUGAUUCUACUUUUAUCAAGAAUUAUAGCGUAAUUGAUUCAUAUUCUGUUUUUAAGGCCCAGAUGGUGUAAUCAGACUGAUGGUUUUACAUUUGACUGUAGACUGAUAUUUUAAUGAUAUUUCCUUCAACAUAGUAGCUCAACGAAUUGUAGGUAUCUUAGUAAGUUUAUCUUUUUGAAAAUUGUCCUAAGAUUUUUCCCACCGUUUGCUCACAAAUUUGCAUUAGAUUUAAAUUCAGAAUAAGAGGUGAUCUGUUUCCCUCAUGUUUGAAGCUGAAGAAUGAUCUUCAUCAUAUUAAAGUCACAUUUUUUUAUAAUUCUAGUCUCCAAGCAAUCUGCUCUCAUGAUCACAUUUUUACUUAAUUCAUAACUAUCUGUCAGUUUAACCAUUUUUGAUGCCUUUCUUCCUACUUUUAAUAGUUUUUGAGGACCAUGCUUUGUCUCUCUUAUGUUUGAGUACCCUGUGGAGUAUACAGGUUCUCUCUGCCUCUUGUCAAUUAUUCCUUAGGUAUACAUUGUAUCUUGAGGCCUCAUUUUCUAUCUGUUUUUAAAACCUUAACCAUGUGGUAUUACAUAAUGAACCGAACUAGUUGUAAGUCCAGGGUGUGGAUGAUUCUAAUAUUGUCUUUUCUCAGUAAAAGAAAUCAAACAAUGCUUUUUGUGGGGUUGCUUUCUAACUUUAGAGUGAUCGUUUUUGAAAAAAAUACUUGCAACCUUUGUCACGUGCUGUCAAGUUAAUGAGACUUCAUUUGUGCUCUUUCAUUUUAUAUCUUUCACUUACGACACACUAAUAAUACAUUUUCCUUACUGAGUAAUUUCUCAGGUACUUACAAAUAUUCUAUUCUUUCUUGGUGGCAUUAUCAAAUGACUUUUAGAAUGUAAUUUUGCCAUCUGGUACCUCGAGUCGUGGUGUAGCUUCAAUGGGUCACAUUGGAAUGGCUUAGAUAAAGAAAGUUGAUUGUUUCGUUUGUUUUGUGUAUGUGUCAUUUUCAGAUUUCUCUUCAAGAAAAAAAUAGUCUUAUCUGAAUGUAAAUUUCUAUUACCAUUUCUACAUAGAUAAAGUAAUUUCAAAAUAAGUCUACAGCAAAGCAGUUGUUAUAAACUAAAAUAUCUUUCAUAAAUGGAUGUAUGCUUAUGUAUGUAUGUAUAUGUAUGUAUGUAUAUUUAUGUAUCCACUGAAUCAAUAACGUUUUUCAACACUUUGCAGUCCAAACUUGAACCUGACAUCUGUCAAAUGGUAGUUUAUCAACAUUAUCUAGUGCAAUAGAAAGUAGCUAAUUUUGUUUUACAUACAGGAUUAUAUUCCAGUGUACAUACGUAAUUCUAGUCACAAUUUCAUCUUUUAUUUUCAUUAGAGUUUUAAUUCUUAUGUGUGUACUGUCUAUACAGUAUUUAUUGACUUCAGUAUAUUCAUUGUGUCGAAGCAGAUUGGGUCCUAUUUAAUAAGUAGUGCUCAGAAAUUUUUUGAAUCCACAGUGAAAGAGUGAUUGAAAAUCCAGAGUUGGUUCGUAGUGCUUGUGAUCCCUUUUUAAGCUUACCCAAAUCGUAUUAAGUAUUCUCUGGUCUGGCUCAGAAACUGGUUUUCUGAUGCUCUGUACAUUGUAAUAAUUUUCUAUUGCAUACUCUGACUUUACUCUGAAUUGUAAGUCUUCAUUAUUAUGUCAAAUGACUGAUUUUGAAAUAAAUAAUUUAACUACAUUUUGAGCUAAAUAAAUAAAUAAACUGAAAAAUGGC